AAUUCAUUGGACUUUGAUAUUACCGCCACGUUACAUGUUACAGCAUUUCCUUCUAGUUUCAGUACUUUUCUAAUGACCUAUCUUGUGCCGCACUUCUUUGAAUAAUCGCAUAUUGUAUGUUUUUGUAUGCUCCUGCGCAGCUGCCUUCCUAUUCUCGAUUUCCCGGAAAGUUAUGAAUGCAACCCGUGUAUUGGGAAAGUAGCGAUACUUGCUAGAUGGCGAAUUUCCGAACAAGUUAAGGGCGUAAAUCUAGUCGAGAAUGCUUUUUUGCUACUAUUUCAUUUAGUGUGUUGCAUAACAUCUCAUGCCACGCAUGAAUAUCAGUUUAUAACGUACUAGAAGAUCCAGAUGGGGAAGAAGUUUUUGUCGCUUAGAAUUGCAACUGAAAUUAUAUAAAUUAUACUUUAGGAAGGAGACGUUCGCCAGGCAGUAGUGUUAAACUGAAAAAACUGCAGUCGAAAUUGUUUUGUAUUUCUCCAUACGCAGUAUGUAGCUGUAGCUUUAAAUAUUAUUCCAGCAAGUGUCUACAGAAUGUGGUGUUUUGCCCGAAUUUAUUUAAAAAAAGGCAAACAAUGGCCAACCCACUGAUUUCGGAAGGGGAGAGUUCCUCGAUUUGAAGGAUACAGCCAUUAGAUUGCAGACCUGGUUUACAUUGGUCAGUUUUUUGCUUGAGAUUUGCAAGUUAUUUUUGAGACAUGAGUUAUCAGUACUUUGAAAUCCCUGAUCAUGCUAUUGUUUAUAACAAAUUCAGACCAAGCACACCAAAGGAAAUAGCAGAAAAAAUUGUUGAUUAUCUGAAACAAGAGGUUACUGAUUUAGCUCUGGCUGUAGAUGUGGGCUGUGGUUCAGGUCAAAGUACUGAAGUACUGGCACCAUAUUUCCAAACAGUCAUUGGGAUUGAUCCAAGUGAAACUCAGAUUGUUGAAGCCCAAAAGAACAAUACCAUCCCAAACAUUGUUUACAGGGUGGGCUCAGCAGAGAAAAUACUAAGUCCAUCUGGUAGUGUUCAACUUGUAACAGCAGGGCAGUCAUGUCACUGGUUUGAUAUGAAAAAGUUUUAUGCUGAAGUGGAGAGGCUCUUGGUACCUGGAGGAGUUCUAGCUAUAUAUGGCUACUUUUUGCCAAGGCCACAUUUCCCAGGAAAGUCAGAAGACUUAUGCAGUGUUGUAGACAAGUUUUACAGUGAUGUUCUGGGGAAAUAUGUGCUUCCAGAGAGUAAGAAAGUAUACAUUGACAAUUACAAAGGAGGUGAUUUUAUGCAUUUUCCAUUCACAAAACAACCAGUUAUGAGGGAUGAAUCUGUCACGACUGAAACUGAUGCUACUGUUGCUGAUCUUGUGGGAUAUAUAAGCAGUUGGUCAGCAUUUCAGAAUUAUGUGAAACUGGAAGGAAAGACCCAGGGAACAAUGGUCCUUCAGAAAUUUGAAAAAGAGGUUAUGAAUAUUCUGAAUGCAACAUCUGCUCCUGCUGAAACAAGAAUAACCAUAAAAUAUAAAUAUUUUCUUAUUAUGGGAAGAAAAUGAACAAUUUCAUAGGAAUUGUAGCUUUUGUAUCCUACUAUGUGCCAAAUAAAAUGAUACAAUAAGUGUUGAAAAAA